AUGCCCAACUUGACUCGGGCACCAAGCAGCAGCGGAAGCAACGCCAAUAGCAACAACACAUACUACCAUUACCCCGACGUCACAUCGGCGCCCGACACAAUGUCUUACUACCAACCCACCCGGCAGCUCUCCGGGUUCUACUCGGACCUCACCACCACCGCCGGCGGCAACCCCAUGAUGGCCGCUUCGUACGAUCCCUACGCUGUCAACCCCGUCGGCCAUGCGGUCCCGUCCCUGCAGAUCUCCACCCACCACCAACCACCCCACAUGGGCGGGCCAGUAGGAGGCACCCUUCCCACUCAGCACCGCGCUUCCUCGGGGGCGUGGAACCAGGAAGACGACCGCACCCUCCUUGCUCUGAGGGCGAUGGGCAAGAACUGGAACCAGAUUCAGCGGGAGGCCUUCCCGGGGAAGACGGGGAACGCCUGCAGGAAGAGACACGAGAGGUUGAUGGAGAGGAGGGGACAGAACGAUUUCGACAACAGGAAGCUGGAGAGGUUGUGCAAAGAGUACAUGAGCAUGCGCAAGGAGAUUUGGCAGCCCUUGGCGGCGAGGUGUGGGGAGAAGUGGAACGUGGUUGAGAUGCAGGUUUGUUUUUUCCCCCUCCCUUUCUUGCUUGUUCCAAUACUGACAAGUGAAAAGUGCAUGUCCAACGGCCUAAAAAACAUCCAAUCCCACGCCCGCGCCUACGCCCGUCGUGAGAGGUUAGAGACUGGUCAACCUUUGCCUUCGAGCUACGACGAUGACAUUGGGCUCGGGGCUCUCACUCCUAUCGACGAUGUGGCGGAACAGAGUUAUUCCUCUCCUGAAACUACGGGGUCUACGGGUGCGCAUAGCACUCCCGGCGCGGCGAGCAGCAACGGGAGCAGCGGGCAUGGGAUGGGGCAUCACUAUGGGGGCAUGCCGCAGUAUCAUCAGAGUUAUGGGCAUCACACGGGGUAUGGGCACGGGUACAGCAACAGUGUGUCGAGCACGGGGACGGCGUAUGGUGGGCAGCAGCAGACGCAGCAGCAGCAGCAGCAGAGUCAGAAUGGGGGGCAGAGUCAAGGGGCGAGUCCGUAUAUGGGGCACGGGGGGAGGUUGCCUAGCGUUGGGGAUAUGGGGAUUGAUGCUAUGCUUAAUCGGGGGCAGCAGCAGUGA